GUCGGGCGUCGGGUCACCACUCACCAGUCACCAACUCCUCCCACCCCCUCUGGCCAGGUCCCCAAGAUCUCAAGGUUGCCUCUUACCGGUAAAUUAUGCAAAUAGGUCCCAUCCGCGGAUUUGGUUCGGUCAAAUACUACACGGUGUAAGGAAAUGCAAGGCUGAAUUUAUGAGCUUCCACACCAGGUUCGCUUUCAGAUUCUCCACAGUUAUCAUCGUCAUUCUGGCGGCCACUUCUGCGCCAUCAGUUUUCCAUCGGUUGGCAUCGAUCAGUCGACAAGUCUUGCCCUCUACUGUCAAACAUCCUUCACAGUCCUCUACAAUGUCGUCGUCAUAUCCAAAAGAACUUGAAGUUGCCCUUCUGGCAGUUCAGCGAGCUUCCAUUCUCACAAAACAAGUCUUCCAUGCGAAAUCCAAAGGAACCUUGACGAAAUCCGAUGCCUCUCCGGUCACCAUCGGUGACUAUGGAGCACAGGCCCUGAUUAUUUCGGCGUUGAAGCAUAACUUUCCCUCUGAUGAGAUUGUUGCCGAAGAAGAAUCAACGGAUCUUCAACAGGAUGCGGCCCUGAAAGAUCUGGUCUGGAACCUGGUUAAAGAAACCAAACUGGAUGACCCUUCCGCGGAAACCACUUUGGGAGGCUCAAUCACUGAUGCAGAAAGCAUGUUAAAUAUCAUCGAUCAAGGCAACAGCAAGGGUGGCGGGAAGGGACGGAUCUGGACUAUUGACCCUAUCGACGGAACCAAAGGUUUCUUACGCGGUGGGCAGUAUGCUGUGUGUGUUGCCCUUAUUGUGGACGGAGAUGUCAAAGUGGGAGUCCUAGGAUGCCCUAACCUUCCGGUCGACGAUUCUGCACCCUUAGAGGGCGGCAUUGGAGAGAAUCAGUCCGAUGCUGAGGGCAAAGGCGCCCUUGCGAGCGCCGUGAAAGGGGAAGGGUCACAGAGCCGACCUCUUGGCACCGGCAAGCUGCAGACACCGCGGAAGAUCUCAGUUCAAAGCAUUAGCACUCCCUCAGAAGCAGCAUUCUGCGAAAGUGUGGAAGCAAACCAUUCAUCGCAUGGAGACAACGCGAAGAUUGCGAAGAAGCUCGAUAUCACCAAACCCAGCGUACGGAUGGAUUCCCAGGCGAAAUACUUUUCGGUGGCGAGGGGUGCAGGUGACAUUUAUUUGAGGCUUCCAGUUCGAGGAGGGAACUACAUCGAAAAGAUCUGGGACCAUGCUGCAGGUGACUUGAUCACUAGGGAAUCAGGAGGCACUGUCACCGAUAUCAGGGGCAAGAGUCUUGACUUUUCUCAGGGUCCACUCCUCACCGGAAACACGGGCGUGGUAGCAGCAGGGUCUGCCAUACAUGCUCAAGUGCUGAAAGUUGUUCAGGAGGUAUUGAGCGUUGAAUAAGGCUCAGUUGAUAGUACAAGCCAUCGACACCAGUCUGGCAGAAGACCAGUAGUAUACACCCGAACGCUAUGCAGAACCAUAUUUAUACAAAGACGAACAACAUACCACAUUUUUGGCCCCUU